GGGGACAGGUGUAGGCGCAGCAUAAGACAGGUGAGUACGACUACAUAGAAGUCAUUCCUCUCCAUUUUUUUGGUUUAACCUUUCCUUUUCGUUUUCAUUUUCCCACUCCAACCCCCGAAAGUCACAGCAGAUGCGUGUGCCAUCAACAAAACUUAUAUUUCUCUUACACGUGUCACUUUUUUACCUGUCCUUUCCUCUUCUUUUAUCACCUCAAUUAUCUUCCGUUCUCCCCUCUCUCAUUGUCGUUGCAUCAUGGACGAGGAAGAGCAGCUCCAGCGACACGACUCAGAGUUGUCCACCACCAGUUCCAGCUCCGGCAUUUCCUCAAUCCUCAGCUUCGACGACUUUCGCGGCAGUAACACCAGCUCCGGCGACAUUUCCUCCAUCAGCAGUGGCUCCGGGGAGAUUCCUCCCGCCGACGCCAUACUCUUGCCUCCUCUGCUUAGGCGGACUGUGUCGAGUGACGUGGAGGUUGUGGUGGCGGCAGCGGUCAGGGAUAAAUGCGUGGGGAGGAAGAACAAGGGAGUGAGUUGGGGGCACACUUCGGUGAUUGGGAGAAGGAAGGAGAUGGAGGACGCGGUUGCCGUUAUUCCUGGAUUCAUGUCCCGCACGUGCCACCACGUCGGCGGUUGUACGGCCCCUGGCUCCCAAUCCUCCGGCGAGAUCUCUCCCCUUCAUUUCUUCGGAGUGUACGACGGUCAUGGUGGCUCUCAGGUGGCUAAAUUUUGUGCAAAUCGGAUGCACGAUGUGAUAGCAGAGGAAUGGGAGCGGCAAAUAGAGAGUUAUAGUGAAUGGCAAAGAAGGUGGGAGGCCGUAUUUUCUAACGGUUUUGAAAGGACUGACAAUGAGAUAUCAUCAGAUGAAGUUGCACCUGAAAUGGUAGGAUCUACAGCCUCUGUGGUGGUUCUGUCUGGUUGCCAAAUCAUUACAUCCAACUGCGGCGAUUCAAGGGUCGUUCUUUGCCGCAGGGCUCAAACAAUCCCCCUCACUGUCGAUCAGAAGCCUGAUAGACAAGAUGAACUCUUGAGAAUUGAAGGAGGAGGAGGAAAAGUCAUAAACUGGAAUGGAGCUAGGGUGUUUGGUGUUCUUGCCAUGUCCAGGGCUAUAGGUGAUAGGUACUUGAGGCCAUGGAUCAUUCCAGUGCCUGAGAUAACCUUUACAGCAAGAAGUGAGGAGGAUGAGUGCUUAAUAUUGGCAAGUGAUGGACUCUGGGAUGUCAUGACGAAUGAAGAGGUUGGUGAAGUUGCGCGGCAUAUUCUAAGAAGGCGACGAAGGUCCCUGUCUCUGGAGGAAAUAUCUCCGGCACAAGUUGUUGCCAAUAGCCUGACUGAGAUUGCUUAUGCUAGAAAUAGUAAGGAUAACAUUUCAAUCAUAGUAGUUGAUCUGAAAUCGAAGAGAAAACGUCAACCAAGGCCUCCUUUAGUUGCCCGAGAAGCCAACUACAUAUAAUCUUUUUGAACCUUGAAGAGGGUCCAAGACAUGAGGAUCAUGAAGUUCUUUACAUCUAAGAACAAAACAAAUGAUGACACCCAUUGGUACUUAUUGCUAGUUGGUAGCACUUGAGUUUUGUUUCUCCUAACCAAGCAGCACAGAAUUAA